CGAGUACAUAAAGGGGACGCUGUCUCGUCUUUUGAUGCAGUAAUCUGCAAUAUCGUCCACGAUUUAAACACCAGCUAUUCUACCUGCCUCCUCUUACCACCCGUUCCUCCUUUACGAACCUGUGCAACCUUUUCAAUCUUGCACUUCAAACCAACUCGCACCACCUCCAUACAAAUCAUCCACCCUCAUCAAGAUGUCCUCCCAGAAGGCCUCCACCUGUUGCGGCAAGAGCGACGUUUGCGUUUGUGCCACGCAAGCAAAGUGCAGCUGUGGCAAGCAGUCGGCCCUCCACUGCACGUGCGAGAAGGCUGCCACUGAGAACAGCAUCUCGGGAGCGCGCUGCUCCUGCCGCGCCCGCCCGGCUGGCGAGUGCAACUGCGACCGCGCCGGAUCAGAGAACGUCCGCCCCACGGGAUCUGCGUGUGCCUGCGGCUCGCGUCCUGCUGAUGCCUGCACCUGCGAGAAAGGCGGCGCCUCGGGAGUCUAUGACCCCACCAACGAGACCGACUUUACCACCACGAAAUAGUGAGGCGGGCGUUGGUUGUUAAGGAUUCGCCCGCGGGAGGAAGCCCAACUAGACUUUGCGUGCUCACCGGCGAACCGGAAGCUUGGAUUUGAGAGUUUCGGGCAGGUGCAUGCUUUUUCCUGCAUUUCCUUCGGACCACGACUGGAGUUUACGGCGUUUGUGAUUGUAGAUUUGCGGGACUACCUGGGUUGGCGUUUUGAGUGAGAAAGAAUUCGGGUCACUGAAUGGAUGACCGGCAUCCACGCUUCUUCUUUUUUCCAUCUCAUUAUCUCAUGAGAAAAGACCUCAAUUCUCUUCUUAAUUUCUGCAGUCUCCGUGACAGGUUGUG